ACUGUUUUUUUCUUUGUACUGUUUGCACUUGCUAAAAAAACUUCUCAUGAGCGAAACUUAAAACAAACAGAACCACAAUAUAAUAACUAUGACACAAUUUCUCCUGUUGAAGAAAUUCAGGAUGAAAGCUAUAAACAACAAG